AUUUUAUCCCGGAAUUAAAAACAGAACUUAUUUGAACAUACGUACAUACAUGAUACAUAUUUAUUUUCUAAUUUAAGACCGAUCAUAUUGUAUGAACAGUGUAUUACCCCGUAUUUGAGUAUUUGCAAAAGGGGUAAUUUUUUCUACGUUCGUAAAAUAUCUAUUGAAUAACGAAUAUGCCUGAAGAUAAACACCUAGUGCAAUGUUAUAAUCGCGGUUGUGGCCAAGCUUUUGACCCAAAUGACAAUGAAAAAGAUGAAUGUCGCCACCAUCCAGGACAUCCAGUAUUCCACGAUGCUUACAAGGGCUGGUCAUGUUGUAAUAAGAAAAGUGUUGAUUUCACGGAGUUUUUGAACAUAAAAGGGUGUACCUUAUCCAAACAUAGCAAUGUGAAACCUGUUGAACCUGUUAAAAAGGGGCUUGACAAGGAAUUGGAAAAAAAGGAUAUCAUUGAAGUAAGAGCUCCAGUUGCUGGUCCACAGUUACAAAGACCACCCUUUGAAACACCUCUGGUGCUCUUAGAAACACACAUAGCUGAAUCAUUGAAACAAUCUCAGCCAAAUACAGAGCAAAAAACUCCAGUCUCUGAAGAUGGAAAUGUAGCUAUUGGAACAAGUUGUAAAAAUGGUGGUUGUAACACAGCAUUUGAAGGUCCUCAAACAAAUGAGUCUUUGUGCACAUAUCACCCUGGGUGCCCUAUUUUUCAUGAAGGUCUAAAAUUUUGGUCUUGCUGCCAAAAAAGAACCACAGAUUUCAAUACCUUUUUAAAUCAACCAGGCUGUACUACUGGAGCUCAUAAAUGGGUUAAAGAGAGUUCAAAUGCUGGUACAGUGCAGUGUCGUUGGGAUUGGCAUCAGACACCAGAACACGUGAUUGUUAGUGUUUAUGCUAAGAAAUAUGACCCAGUCUUGAGCUAUGUGAAGGUAAACCCUAUACGGCUAAACAUAAAAUUGAUAUUUAGAGAGCAAGGAGAUGCAGCCUUUGAAUUGGAUCUUGAACUAAGAGGGGUUAUCAAUAUCGAAAGAAGUUCUGCUUCUAUGUUGGGUACUAAAGUGGAGAUAAAAUUGAAAAAGGGCGAACCUGGCUCAUGGUCCAAGCUUGAUUUUCCCAGGACUGAACCAAAAAAGGUAGAAGAAAAGUCAACUGUCCAGGUCAAUACGAUGGAAGACGAUUCAGUCGACCUCAGUUCAGUGGAAACGAUUACGUUGAAUAAGGUUAACAUUGCCUAGUAUUGGUUUUUCUCUCGAAAUGUAAUUUUGUGACAUCUUGCUAAUGAAUGCUUUAGAUAUAUUAACAUAUUAUUAUUUAAGUCAAUGUGAAUAAACAUAUUUUUACUUA